UGCGUUUCGUCAUAAAGCAUCUGUCAAAGGUUGUAGUUCAUUCAUAUUUGAAAUGUUUUUUUUUCCAGAGUAACCAUGUACCACCAUAAUUCGAGAAAACGGAAUUUUUAACAAGAUCAUGGCACUUGUGUCUGACCUUAAAGUACAGGACUUUUAUAAAACGAUAUUUAACGCAUGUAAUAUAGUCAUUCCCGUGACAAUUAUUACAAUAAUUGCGUUUAUUUCGAUUGCAUUUGAAAGCUUCGUCUGGGUACUUGUUGUAUGUGGUCUCUAUAUAACGAGUGUUUUUUAUGGGCUUGUUAUAUUGGAGUAUAUUGGUGUAGCACUUGUGAAUUUAAAUGCAAUAAGCGACACAUUUAAUCCAACCUAUGAGAUCAAGGAUCUGUGCGGUGUUUGCAGUAAAAAUAACUGCAAGAGACAUAAAUUAUUACCACAUUCGACCAAAGUGAAGAUACCAAAGGAUCUUGAUCAUGCAUUAGAACAGCUUCUAGAAGAUCUGUUAGAAAAGUAUGUUUGCGCAUGGUACUCGGACUUUUCAACGAACGAAGCAUUUGUACAACAGCUUCGUUUAGCCUCGGCUACUGCAAUGAAAGACAUUGCAGUCAGAUUGCUUCGUACAGACGUGCCCAACGUUAUAUUUUGCCACUUGAUACCUUUGGCCCUGCAGCAUGCUCAGGACUGGAAAACAUUCAGCGUCAAAAUGAGAGACGUAUCUAAUACAUCUUGCUUUGGAAAUCAAUUGAUCGAUCAUUUUGGUCGUCACAUACAUCCGGCGAGUUACUCGCGUAAGGCAGAAUUGAAUUAUCUGAGAGGAGUUGUAACAGCGAUUAUACCGUAUUUAUUACCGGCUAUUCAUGUAUCUACUAACAACAAAGUCAUACUCAGAGAAAUUUUGGCCAAUUGGAUCUUGCUGCCAGCAAUAGACGCGAUUGCUGAUCCGGAUAAUAUAAAUGCACUAGUAGUAUUGUCGACUCAUCGUGAUGGUUCAGUGUCGAACCAAGUAGACACGGUUAAUGUACCGAUGUUGCAAUGCUGGGUGACAAUUCCCAUGAUGCCAAAAAUCACGCAGAAUCACCUGAAACCCUCGUUGGAUGAAAUUUUGAACGAUCCUCGGUUAUUGUACAUGUUUAUGCAACAUAUUAAAGAGACUGGUCCUAUGAAUCUCUUUCAGUUCUGUUUAGAUAUUGAUGAUCUAAGUAAGCGUAUGUUAAACCCAGAAAUGAGUUCGAACGCGGAAAGUACUUUGUACACGGAUAUUCAAAAUAUGUAUGCAACAUACUUAGAUCCUGACGGUCCAGAAUAUCUACAUUUACCGGAAGAUAUAUCGAUGGGUAUACGGCAAAUUUUAGAAAGAGGUUCAAAGAAGAUUCAGGAGAUGAGAAUUUCACGACCAUUUUACGAAGCACAUCAAGAAGCACAUGCUUUGUUAGAAUCUACUUGCCUACCACCUUUCCAUCAUAGUUACCAGUGUUACCGGUGGAUCCGCAAAUGCAACUUCAAAGCUUGGAAAUCAUUUUCCAAAGAUUGACAGCGUUUUGAGAUUAUCCACGAUAGAUGGGAUGCCCUAUCAAGACAUGUACCAAGGAGAAGAGAUAGAUUACCCUUCUCGUUCUUACAACGAGAUCAAAUAUUCUGACAACAGUUUCCACAGAGAUUUAACAACGUGGCGAGUUAGCAUUCCGCAUAUUGAAACCGGAGAUAAUCAAACAUUAUACGUCAUUGCUGUCAAUAACAUUGCUGAGGGAAAAUCCUGGACUGUGUUGCGCCGUGAUCAAGAUUUUUAUAUCUUACGAACACGAUUGGCAGAAUUUCACGGUGACAAAGAAUUGAGCGACUCGCCAUUACCAUCGAGGAAAAAUCCUCACUCAUCUUGUGCCAUUAAUAGACAACGAUAUGAGGACUUUUUGGAGAAGUUGCUGUCAAAACCGGUGCUCAGAAGCAGCGAGUUAUUAUACAACUUCUUAACCAUGCCAAAUUUGAAGCCUUAUUUCACCAAUUAUAGUACGCCAGAUAUUGGCAUAUUGUAUCAAAAUAUGGCGUAUAAAUUACGGAAAGAAAAAGGACAAAAUUUAGAUAAAUUUAUGGCAGUGUUUUUGUCUUCGACUAAUAUUAAGAAUGAUUAUGCUGACAUUGGAGUUGAACCGUCGAGCGAAUCAACUGUUCAAGAAACAGGGAAAAAAGGACGCCGUGAUCUUUUAUUUGGAGCAUUCGGCAACAAUCUUGAUUUGACUCUUAACUUCAAGACUUUGCCUUCUCCUUCAUUGGAACGAUCUCACGUUAAAGGCGCCUCAUUCUGUAUUGUAGAUGCUGUAGUGAGAUUACUGAAAGUUCCAUCGGUGAUUUCUCGAAUUCUAUGGAUGUUUGCCUCGUCAUCACGUGCAAAAGUGGAUCCAUACGUCAACGUUCUACUUUACAACGCUUUGGCGAAACUUCUAAGCGGUGGCCGUGCAGCAAACGUGGUGAAGCUUCUGCACGCAAAAGUUUUAGGCGAGAAGAAAGAUUUGCCUGCUCAAGCGAGUCGUCGAAAUUACUAUGAAACAGCAAAAACUGGACUGUAUAGUUUACUACCUUGUUGGUUAAUGGGAUUUUAUAAACCAUGGAUUGAAAUAAUGGAUUCCAUUUUGGACUCGUUACAAAACGCACCCUUUAAUAAGCAUCUUGCGUAUAUUCUUCUGGAUCAAAUUUUGAUAAAUAUAUUUCCAGAGCUCACCGUUUAAAUUUUUACAUUACAUUUUUAUCGCGGAGCAACUUUCAAAGAUUAUAAUGUUACUUAACUAGUCGUGCAAACGUGAUUCAAAAAAAUGUAAAGUACAUAUGAUAAUUUGUACGUACAAUAGCAAUAAGUAAUUUUUUAAUGAUUAUACUGUAAAUAUACGUAAUGUUCUUAAGAAAUGAUCUGUUUAUCCAAUAAUCUGUCUCUAAUUUUUGUCUAGCUGUACUGCUUAAAAAAAAAGAAAGGAAAAAGAAAUUCUAUACUAAAAUAUUCCUUUUAAUCAAGCAAGUUGUAGAAUAUUGUAGAAUAAUGUAGAAUAAAUGCAUAUUUAGUAAUCCAAAUAAAAACUGAUUUUUAAGACAUACUACAUGCUUCUUCAACUCUUUAUCUUCUGUAGAAGUCCAUCACUCAAUAAUUUAGUAAAUAUUCCACUAAAACCUUUUUCCCUAUACGUUCUUUUUUCCAGUUUUUUUUUUCCAACAAUUUUUUUUUCUUUUUGGUUUGUCGCUUUAUGUACUCUUUGUUAAUAUAAAACACGUAUAUAAACAUAGAUCGAGUAUAUUGGUGUUUACAAUAAUGUAUGGUUAAAAAAAAUCGCACACCAUUUUUUCGUUAUUUCGAUAAUACGCUUAUGCGAAGACAUCGUCAUUUUGAAACGGUUUGACACAUUUCUUUUCCAUUUUACUCUGUG